ACUCUCACGCACUUCUCCAUCAGAAUCCUGCUUGUUGCCUGCCUGGGUGACUGACUGAUCAGGGCAGAACUGUCCUUCGUUGCCGUCAACACUGCCCACGCAAUUCUCGACUUCUGCCGAUUGAGUUUUUGGGUUUAGCAGGGAGCUGAAGAUCGGCACGCUAUGGCGGCAGUAGCAACGCGGUUGGCUUGGCUCUCGAGCUAUGGGGCGUCUUUGUCGUCGCGGCAGCCGCGUCCCGGCGUGCAAUUCAGCACCAACCGGCAUACCUCAGCGUGGUCAGUGCGAUGCUCAGCGAGCGUCCAGUCUGGCACCGAAGUGUUGACGACGGAGUCAGCAGCAGCGAAGGCCGAUGCCGCCGCGUGGAAGGCGUUUGCGGAGCGCGUAUCGGGAGAGUGGGACGGCUACGGAGCGGAUUUCACGUUCACCGGAGAGCCACUGGAACUGCCAUCGUCGGUGGUCCCGGACGCCUUCCGCGACUGGGGUGUCGAGAUACACGACUGGCAGACGAUGUGCCCGACGCUGGCCGUGGAGGAGUCGCAGGACUUGAGCUACAGAGUGAUCCGCUUGCUGCCGACCGUCGGAUGUGAAGCCGACGCAGCCACUCCCUACUGCAACGAGGAAAGGACGUUCCGCGUCGCCAAAACCUACGCCUUCCACGCGCAGGGCUCGUACACGGCGGUGUGGCCGGGGCGAGGGGCGCAGAAGAACAACCCGGAGCCCGGACGGACGGGAAAGAUCGUCGUGCGCGACGUCGCGGACGACGGGCAAUGGGAGGUCGAGCACUGCCUCGUCACGGACGACGGGCCCACGAGGAACCGAGCCCGAGUGCUGCAGCAGUUCCGGCUGGACCGGAACGUGCCCGUGCUGAAGAACAUCACUCUGUACAUCGAGCAAUGGGACGGCCCGUUUAGGAACGGCGAGUCUCUCGGGGGCUGUUCCACUAGCGGAUCGGGGUUCGCCACGACCCCUCCCCUCGACGUGCAAGCGCUGGUCGGGACUUGGCACGCGGACGUGUUCUUCGCCCCCGGCGGACAGUCAUCGUCCUCUCCCAAGGAGUUCUGCCCCGGAGGGUCCUCGGCCCUCCAACGGACGCAGGUCGCAGGGAUCGUCGCUCUUCCCAAGGGUUUGUGGUCCUCUGUGACGGUGUCGUCGCAAGACUCGAGCUCUUACAUCAUCGAGGCCGGCUGGAUGCCCUCUCCCGAUCAAUGCAUCGUUUCGACAUGCGAAUAUCUCUCUUCUGGAGAUUUCAAGAGUUCCAGCAUUAGGUUUGAGAAAAGAAAAUGAGCAGACUAGCGAGUCCAGGGCCUCUCAUCACAUAUAACUGAAACUGUAAUUCUUAGGUGCGUCUUUCUAUCAGUGUCUCGAUUGAUCUAUGCACGCGUGAAUGCUCCUGGCGGGAAGAAAAGACCGUGCAUUUAUACACACAUCAAGUACAGACUCCAGAGACCGGGAAAAAGCAAAGAUGGACUGCUUGCGGGGAUAAGACAUAUGGCGCUGGAAUACAGACCAGAUCAGACUAGACGAGGUAUGCCUGUGUUCCGGCUCAUCCGCUAAUUACAUGUACACUACGAUCCAACUACUGUGCAUACUAAAUCGUUUGAUUAGUGUUUAUCAGUGUGACGUUCACUGAUUG